AUGUCUAGCACAUUCACAAACUUAAAUAUUGAGAGUGGCUAUUUCAAUGAUGAAUUAAAAGAAGAAAAUAAUGAAUCCAAUUUUAUGCAUACAAAUAUUAGUAUGCUAAUAAGAGCAUAUAAAAGAGAUCGAAAUAAGCUAACCAUAUGGAAUAAAAAAUUAAAUCUUAUUAAAAUAGUUGGAUUUGUAUUAGAUAUUGAAGAAAAAAAAGAAUUUAUAAUUUACACAAUUGAUGAUACUACAGGAUAUAUAAAAGCAAAAUAUCUUUUAACUUAUUCUUUUAAUUCCGCAAGUGAAAAAAAAAAUGACAUAAAAAUAAAUGAUAUAAUACAAAUAUUUGGGGUUUGUAAUACUAUUAGUAUAAAUGAAGAUUUAAGCAUAUCCAUAAGUUCUAUUAAUAAAUUGAAUUCAUUCAAUUAUUUAUGUCAUCAUCAUUUGCUAGUAUUUCAUAAUUAUUUAAAAUAUUUAGAAGAUAAAAAAAAUACAAAAGAAGACGAAAAAGUACAACCUGAUGAAGAAGAAAAUGGCAACAUACAAAAUAAUGACAACCCGUUCUUUAACUCUUUUUUCUAUUAA